AUGUCUCAAGUGUGGGUUCCACCGAAUUUGCAAAAUGUGUGCCCGGCCCAAGCAGCAGUGGCAACAUGUUCACCCAACAGUUUGAUGUUCUUGCAACUGGUAACGAGCCUGUUUGGUCAAUCCAGGGACAUUACCCCACAGAAUGCAUCAGCAGGUCCUGCUCCCGGCGGCAAUAUCUUUCAGUUUAUGGGGACCGGUCUUCCUGGAGGAUCUGGUGCACCAGGUCAACCGGCUGGUAACGAGCAGUUCGAUUUUAUCGUUGUUGGAGCAGGAAGUGCAGGAUGUGUAGUGGCCAAUAGACUCUCAGAAAAUACAGGAUGGAGGGUACUUCUUCUCGAAGCAGGUCCUGAAGAGCCGGAUGUCACAAGUGCCCCAUCAUUUGCUCCAUUGUUACAAAGAUCAAACAUCGAUUGGGCAACGUUAACUCAGCCACAGACCCAAAGCUGUCUUGCUAGACCAAACAGGCAGUGUUAUUGGGGUCACGGCCGAGUCAUGGGCGGCUCAUCCACUAUCAACUACAUGAUCUACAUUAGAGGCACUCCAGAUGAUUACAAUGAAUGGGCAGCCCUGGGCAAUCCCGGAUGGAGCUAUAACGAGAUUCUUCCUUAUUUCAGGAAAUCAGAAAAUAACAGAAGUCCAAAUUAUAUAAACCCACAGUUCCACGGUUUCAACGGUUAUCAAACCGUAUCAAUUCAACAGUAUCAAGAUCCAAAUGUUUGGGCAAUUAUUAACGCUUUCCGUCAACUUGGAAUGCCUCUGGUUGACCAAAAUGCGGGUCGGACUCAACUAGGUGUGGCUAUUUUACAAACCACGACAGGCAAUGGUGAAAGAGUGAGCACGAAUGCCGCAUUUAUCCGACCAAUUCGGAAUCAAAGACCAAAUCUCGUUAUCAGGACCAAUUCGUAUGUCACUCGUGUAAUCAUUGAUCCUAACAGGAAAGAAGCGAAUGGAGUCGAAUAUAUUGACCAGACCGGAGUUCGACGAACUGUUUUUGCAAGAAGAGAAGUAAUCUUAUCAGCCGGAGGUGCGUACAGUGCCAAAAUACUAAUGGUGAGUGGCGUCGGUCCUGCCGAACAUUUAUCUCAGUUGGGCAUCCCAGUUAUACAGAAUCUGAGAGUUGGAUUCAACUUGCAAGAUCAUACAACCAUUGAUGGAGUUGUAUUUGCCCUUUCGAAUGCCACCAUUACAAAUGUGGAUUACAAUCAGAGGGCGAACGAUGCUCGACUUUAUCAAAGUCAAAGGACUGGUCCCCUUUCAGCCACAGGACCUCUUCAGGCUAAUGCGAUGGUUCAAACGAGGUACGAAACGUCUGCUGAUCGACCCGAUAUCCAAUAUUCCUUCGACAGAGUGAAUGUUCAAGAUUAUUUCACAGACCCUCUCCUAACAGCCAUGACUAAUGUUAAUCCAUUAGCUUAUUAUACGGGUCUUAUGGUCAGGCCCAUUCUUCUUAAUCCAGCCAGUAGAGGCAGGAUUAUGUUGAACGCCACGGAUCCUGUAACUUCACCUCCUCUUGUAUUUUCAAAUACUUUCUCCGAUCCCAUUGAUCUUUUAAGAAUGGUAGAAGGAGUCAAGCAAAGUCUUAAUUUGUUACAAACGAAUUCCUUUAGAAGUAUCGGUGUUAAUCUCGUAACAACCCCUUUACCCGCUUGUCAACAAUGUGCAUUUGGAUCUGACGAGUAUUGGACUUGCGUGGCUCAGUCUUAUACCACGACCAUCUUCCAUCCUGCUGGUGCUUGUAAAAUGGGACCUAGCAGUGAUCCGACUGCUGUCGUGGAUCCCACGCUGAAAGUUUAUGGAGUCAACAAGCUGAGAGUCGUGGAUGCUUCCAUAAUGCCACUCAUUGUAAGGGGUAAUACUAAUGCUCCAGUUAUUAUGAUAGCAGAAAAAGCAAGUGAUCUGAUUAAGAGCGAUUAUCCAGAUGGCAAUGUGAGCGCACCAUUUUAG